AUGGACAAGGUUCAAAGUUCUUUCACUUUUUUAUUUUUGUUUUUAAUAGAAUGCCCUCUUCAUUUAUGCUUGCCUUAUGCAGAUAGGUUCUAUCGAGUUGGGAUAAUAACACACUCAUCAGAAAUAAUUCCACAUAGACCUGCUCUUUCUCAAGUCAUUUUAAUUGCAUGUAUAGCUCUCAGCAUUGCCCUGAUAUGUGGGAUCACAAUCUCCUAUCUGAUAUAUAGACUGGUACAGGCUGAGGAACGACAACAACUUGAGUCACUUUAUAAAAACAUCACGAUACCAUUACCCAAAGAUGUAGAGAGGGCCUCCGAGGAAGAGGGCCAGGAUGAGGCCACUCACCUGCUUCCAGAGAAUGAGAUGGAACUGGAAAAGUUCAUUCAUUCAGUUAUUAGAUCAAAAAGAAAGAAAAAUCUUGAAAAGAAGAAAUUAAGGGAACAGCAAAAGUUAGUAGAGAAAAAUAAAACCAAGAGUGCUAUGUACAGUUAAAAAAUGGAGCAUUUGUGAAGGCAAAUGAAGGAGAUGGAGAACGUGCCGGCCAAUGCAAAGAAACAGUUGCAGGGAUGACAGGCAACUGAGAGCAGGAGCGUGACUUGCUCCCAGAGACAACCUUGUAGAAGAGCACUCUAAAGAAAGAAACACCAGAAAUAUAUAACAGAAAAUAAAUUCAUAUGAUAUGGAAA